AUGGGACUCAGCUGCUUCAAGUCCUGGAAACAUGACAGAGCAGGCCUCAAAGGAAACAGAGACGUGUUGGCCAGCCCGGGCUCGUAUUUCUUCCUGUCCAACAGCGCCGGCCAAGGGGACGAGUGGCUGAAAAGCCUCAAUAAAGGAGUCUGGAUCCCCUUCACAGGUGUCUUUGGUCAGCGUCUGGAGGAGACGGUGCUGUACGAGCGGCGUUACGGCGUUUGCUCGGUUCCCCUGGUGGUGGAGCAGUGCGUGGCCUUUAUACGAGCGCGGGGCCUCCGGGAGGUGGGCUUGUUUCGCCAACCGGGACGGGCCAGCUCGGUGAGGGAGCUGCAGGAGGCCUUUGACGCCGGGGAAAGGCCCUCCUUCGACAGUAACACAGAUGUCCACACGGUGGCAUCACUGCUGAAGCUCUACUUGCGGCAGCUGCCUGAGCCUUUGGUUCCUUUCGGUCACUACCGGGACUUUCUCCUCAGUGGUCAAAAGCUUUCGAGUGACCGCACACAGGGCUUGGAGGAGUUGAGGAGUCUUCUUCAGGAGCUGCCGGUGGCCAAUUUCAACCUUCUUCAGUUUAUAUGCCAGUUCCUCAACGAGGUGCAGAGUCACUCAAAAGGGAACAAGAUGAGCUGCCAGAACUUGGCCACGGUCUUUGGGCCCAACAUUCUCCGAGCUAAGGCGGAGGACCCGCAAAGCAUCAUGGGAGGUGCAGCACUCGUCCAGGUGCUGAUGUCGGAGUUGAUCAGGGAGCACCGGUCCCUGUUUUCCAGAGUCUCCGUAGCAGGUCCCGCGCAUACAGCCAGAGGAUUUCACGCGUCGCCCGGUCCUCUCAGACGAGCGCGUCUGCACCAAGCCCCCUGCCUUCGCCAGAUGUCGCUGCCACUUCUUGCCGAGCCAUGCCGGGAGUCGGGACAGAGUACCAGCUCAAUCCCUUUGUCGUCGGAGGUGACCUCAAACCACGAGAGCUUCCUGGGCCAUCGCUACACCUCAUCGCAUCCGGAAAACUGCUUCUUCCCGCUACCUCCCUCGAGUCAGCUCCUUCAGAAUCACACUGAGGAGAGAACAAGAGAUCAACAGCAGCACUUAACCAGUUGCGGAUCAUCCCCUGCAAAUGUUCGCAGCGAUGCAAAGCCGACAUUUGCGCCCAUGGACUGGAUGGAGGUCUGGACCGCUCUGGGAGAGGCAGGCGACACAGCAGCAGCAGCAGCAGGGGGCUACCUGUGGAGUUCAAGUGCCACUCAGAUGGCAGUCGCUAAAGUUGAGGGCCCCGAAGUGGCCAGCGGGGGCAGCAGUGAGGCGCAGGAAGACAGCACGCCAUCCCAUUAUGACAACUUGGACAGAGCGUCUUCCAGUCAGACAUUGGACGACAUUGCAGGUGAGCAUUUGGACCCAAACAGCGAGGGAAACUCUGGCCAAGAAUCAGAGGAGGCGUGGCAGACAGUGGGCGACUCCUCGUCGUGGUCCUCCUGCGAGAUUAUACCUCUGGACGAGAGCCAAUAUCCUGCAGGUCGGGGUAGUCCAGUCUUGACGUCCCCCUCACGUCAAGCUGCAGAUGACAAACAUCUUGACGGUGACACAGACAGUGACCAUAACGGAAGACGCCUGAACACCCCGACAUCCGGGUCCAUCCUCAGCCCCAUCAGCACCGGGAGCUCAGAGGUGUUCCUACCGUCCGGUCCUCCGGAACCUCAGUCGCAGCCUGACGAUGCUCAGUCUCUCCUCGGCCAACUUCGACAGCAAAUGGCCCAGCAGAGGUCCGAGUACCAGUCCAGGAUACACAGGUUGGAGCGCUGCAAUGACGCCCUCGAGCGGCAGGUGGCAGCACUGCGUGACCGCCUGGAGCGGCAGAGGCGCAGUCAGAGCGCGGCGGCGGUCAGGAUCCGCCAGGCUGAGCGGGCCAGGGCGGCUGCGGACCACCGCAACGCCACACUGCAGGCGGACAUGGAGCUGUUUUUCCGGACACGCGGAAAGAUCAGAACACGGGAACGGGGGGAUGAGGGAAAGAGAGAACGACGCAUCUUAAAGAGUCUGUGAGGACGGAGGGAAAGAUGAAGAAUUAGUUAUGAUGGACUUACAGCUUCUAUAUUUGGAAACAACACACAGCAAGUCUGCGUUCAUUUGCAUGAGUGAGAAAAAAAACCCGAGUUCCUUUAUUUGUUGACGCAAUAUUAAAGGGGCACCAAUGUCAAAAGCACAAUCGUUGUUUUUGUGCGUAGUGCGUUCACAACUCAACCAACCAAACUCUCACUUCAACAUCAUAUUUUGAUAGGAAAGACAUAAUGUGCUUUUUGGGUGAUGUGACAUUUAUUCCGUAAGAAAUAAUCACUAGACACUAUCAGUCACGAGUCACGACAAACAGAAAGGACACAAUUCA